AUGAGACAGGAGGAGACCCCCGCAAGCAUUCUGUCAGAAAUUAAAAAAGAAGUGCUCACAAAUGCCGUGUACUACAUUGAUAGUAAAUACCAUGAGAUAACAAAACGAAACCAAUUAAAAAGAGAUAAACACAGAAAAGCACAAAAUGCACUUGAAAGUGUAAACAAUGAGUUAAACAUGGUUAUAAAAAGAAUAAAAGAAGCAGACGUAGAAAUAAAUAAACUUAAAGAAAGAAUGUCAGUGGAGAGAGUAGAAGGUACAAUUGAUCUAAAAUUACUAUUAGAAAGAAUUGUAGAGAACUCCAAUAAUUUACACUCACAGAAGAUAAUUACACCUUCUUUCUAUAAUCAUAAUGUAAUAUAUUCUGUUAACUUUGUUAAUGCAGAAAUGUGCAGUAUCACACAGAAUAAAAUAGAUAUUUUAGACAGAGUAAAGAAUUCUUAUAGGUAA